GUAUAGUAUAGUAUUUCUCUCUGUUCAUAGUAUUACCAUUAAGAGAACUGGCAGUCAGAACUUGUCAAAACGUAGAGCUUAUCAUUGAUAAAACAUUAUUUUAGGCAUAUAUAUAUUUCUGUAUAACAUAUUGUGCACUCUGCGUGAGGUACUAAAUAUGCACAGUGAAUUAAAAGUAUAAUAAUUUUACAAUACGUUGUACAAGAAUACACAAUACACAAUAAUAUAUAAUACGUGAAAUAUUAAUGAAAUAACUACAAAUAAUGGAAAGCUUGAAAUAUAUUUAUCACUUGCCAUUCCCUGAACGAUCAGAAUUUUGUAAAAUUAUGAAUCAGAACGAUAAGUGGGAAGAACUAGCUGGUACUUGGAUGAAGUACGAUGUUCUAACAAUACAAAGCUUGAGGAAGGAAAAGAAUCCCACAGAUGAACUUUUGACACUAUGGGGUCAUCAUAAUCAUACAAUAGCAGAAUUAUUUGUGUUACUGUCCAGAAUGCAACACUAUCAGUCAAUGGUUCCCUUAUUGCCUUUUGUCGAUCAGAAAUUUCAUCAACUUUUGUACAAUGGAGAGGCUAAUUUGCAAUACAUAUCACGCAAGCAUCUCAACAAGCAGAUCAACAAGAACACGAAAGAUUUAAAGAUUGGAACACAGAAUUUUAAUCAACGUGCAUCGCCACAGCAGAGUGUUGAUAAGAUUUUAAAUCAACCAGUUAUGCAAUUAGCUAUUAGUCCAAGCAAUUCUAAUAAUUUGCUAGUAGCCUCACCAGGAGCAGCUGCUGUUUUACUGCCUUCGCAAAAUACUGACAGUACCGGCAAAAAGAUUAAUGAAUCACCAUUACCAAAAACAGAAACUACUUUGCCACAUGCAAGUUAUAGUGAACUAGCCAUUGCUACAAAUGGAUGGAAUCCACACAAUAUAUUGGGAAAAGGUGGUUUUGGAACAGUAUAUAGAGGCAUUUGGAAAAACACCGACGUGGCAAUAAAAAAGAUUCGACAAAAAGGACCUGAUUCGGACGAAAGUUAUAUUCUACAACUCCAACAAUCAUUGAAAGAAAUAAAAAUUUUGAAUUCUCGUGCUCAUGAAAAUAUUUUACCUUUAUACGCAUAUAGUUUUGGUGGCGAGGCACCGUGCUUGGUUUAUCAGUUAAUGAAAAAUGGAUCUUUAGAGGACAGACUUCUAUUAAGACAAAAAACCGAGCCAUUAACGUGGAUACAAAGACACGAGAUUGCCAAAGGUAUAGCACGUGGAUUACAAUACUUGCAUAUUAUAGGAGAGAAACCAUUGAUUCACGGUGAUAUUAAGAGUGCGAAUAUUUUGUUGGAUAAAAACUUCGAGCCCAAAAUUGGCGAUUUUGGUUUAGCACGCGAAGGUCCUGAAAGAGAUAGUAUGAAGAUCAGCAAAAUUCAUGGAACUAGACCCUAUUUACCUGAAGAAUUUUUAUUUGACAAGAAAUUAUCUACAAAAAUAGACACUUAUAGUUAUGGCAUAGUUUUAUUCGAAAUGGCAACUGGGCUUCGGGCUUAUGAUGAUUUGCGGCCUGAGAAGAAAUUUUUACGAGAUUUAAUUGAUGCUUGGGAAGACGAAGAUCUUUUUCUAUUGAUAGACAAAAAGGCUGGUGAUAAAGACAAACAAGUUUACAAAAAUUUAAUAUCCUUGGGAAAGUGGUGUGCUAACCGAUUGGCGCAAAAUCGGCCGGAAAUGGAACUUGUAUUUCGAAAAUUAAAUGAUUUAUAAACAUUCAUAAUCACAAUGUAAUAGGUCUACCUUUUGAGAUCGAGCAAACCGAAUCACAUAUUUAUUUCAAUUGCAAAUAUGGAAACAAUAUAUAAGGAGCAUAUUGUGAUAUAAUAGAUUAUAGUCGAUACAUUGUAAA